UCGAUCGCGAUGGACGCCAACGACAACAGUGUUGGCGAUAUUACGCACGAUCUUGCGUCAUUGCAAUUUGAAAAUGCCUUGACAGAAGAAGAAAAGAAGUACUUAUUACUACGCAAGAGAACACAUGCAAUUACAGUAUCUUUUUGCGCACAGGCUGCAUAUUUUGUCACUAUUUUAAACGAAUGCAGGCAAGAAAUAGUUGAACUCCAUAACCCUAAGAUGAUAAAAUCAUCCAAAUUUCUUCAAGACUCUCAAGAUAAGAAUCCAGUACAAGUAGGCAUUCUUGGUUGUGGACGUCUAGGAACUCAUCUUGCUAACACUUUACUUACAUAUGCAGACGUUGCACCAAAUGAACUAAGAAUUUCAACCAGAAGACCAGAAACUCUAGGUGAUCUUCAAGAACGAGGAGUACAGUGUUUUCAUAAUAAUGCUCUCCUGGCUUCCUCUGUACAUGUCUUAUUUAUCUGUGUGUUACCAUCUCAGCUAUCAACAGUAGCAGCAGAAAUACGCACUAAGAUAUCCAGUCAUUGUACAGUGUAUAGUUUUGUAAGCGCUGUGCCAAUUACUCGACUCAAACAGAUUCUAAGAGCUACACAUAUCAUAAAACCUGAGAUAAUAUGGAGUUUGGAUAACAUUGAUAAACCUUGGAAUAACUCUUUAAGUAUCAGUACAACAUUAGAAGACCCUAUCAGUGUAGAUGUCACAUGUCCACUUAGUUUUAACAAAUCAGAUGCUGUAAUAUCAACCAAGGAGAAAUUAGCUGAGAUGAUUAUCUAUUCGUUUGUUAACAUGUGUACACAGCUAGGACUUAACAGAAGUCAGACUCUCUGCAUCGUCAAUAGCGUUAUACUUGGACUGCCUAGUGGAAGGGAACAUGUUACGCAUUUUAAAAUUCAACAUUUUACAAGAAAACUUUCAGAAACAGACUCACAACCAUUUCCUAAGUUUGAUAUGACAACUGUCGCUGCCAAUGAAACACCACUCACUAAAGUUAUAAUGAAAAAUGAAGAAAUAAGGAAACUAUUCAUUAAGAAGUAUAAAACUAUAUUUGACAAAUUCUAUUACUGGAAAGGAAUAAAACAAGUCAAGAAUUGAUGUCAUAUUGCUCGGCAUAACAGCUCCUAUUUGAAAACAAGCUUUGUUGGGUCUACUUACAUAAUGCAACAUUGUCUUUAUCUCAUUAAUACAUUUUAUUUUACAAACCUGUAUAUUAUGUAUAUUAAACAUUUUCUUAUUAAA